AUGGCUUCUGUAGCAGCUAGCAAUAUCGCAGAUGGCGACUACCAAGCCUUCGUGAAGCUGGUUUCUUCUCAACAUGCUGGCCCACUCCCUGACCUGAACACUUUCCACAAGUACAUUCUCUCGAAGCCGGAGGGACCGGCAAAUCUGGGUAAGCUAGCUUCAGUGGACGCACCAAACGCUGCCUUGGUGGAUGUGAAAAGCGGUGGACCCGACUUCAGCCAACAAGCCUCCGCAAGUGGCAGUGUACUCAAUCUCUGGGUCUACCAACGCGUGACUGUCACAGCGCUAGGAAAGGAAUGCGUCGCCAAUAUGGGGGGCAUCACUCCUGGUUUCCCUGGUGGUGCUACAUUUGGCACGUUGUAUUACAACAACAUUUCCGACUUGAGUGGUGACUGCGAUGUUGCCUUUGCAGGACUUGGUCCAUACUUCUCCCUCUACUACCGUAGAAAUGGGGCGACUUUCGCAAUGUACCAAGCAGGAAAUGUUGGAUGGACCUCUGGUACUGCAGGCGGGACCGGCACUUGGUCUGACGCUUAG